UGCGCGUGAUGAUACACAAUAAACAAGAGAGCCAUAUUUUAAAGACUUUAAAAAUAAGUGCUAGGUUUGUGUGUAAUAAUCAUUCACAAAUGGCACCGAUAAAGGCGGCAUUGAUAGACCUGAGUGGAACUUUGCAUGUUGAUGAUCAACCGACGGAAGGAGCAGUGGAUGCGUUGAAAAAGCUGCGAAACCUAGGAAUCACGGUGAAGUUCGUAACCAACACGACCACAGAAAGCGUAUCUUCGCUUUACGCUCGACUAGUAAAUAUUGGAUUUCAACUAGAACUAAGCGAAAUUUGCAGUUCCCUUACCGCAGCUUCCAACUAUGUGCAAAGCAACGGAUUAAACCCGUACUACAUUGUAACUGAGGAUGCAAGGCAAGAUUUUCCACCAUCGGAUACCUCCCGCGGAUAUGAUGCUGUCGUAGUUGGACUGGCCCCAGAACGAUUCACCUACGAGUACAUCGAUGAAGCGUUCCGGAUCUUACAUCAAAGCAAAGGCACAGCUCGGUUGGUAGCGAUACACGAGGGAAAAUAUUACAUGACAAAGAAGGGAAUUUCUAUCGGUCCGGGCUGUUUUGUGAAAGGUCUGGAGUACAGUGCCGGAGUUAAAAGUGUUUGCGUUGGAAAACCUAAUGAGUACUUUUUCCGAUCCGCUCUACCAAAAGGACUGACGCCGGAGGAAUGCAUCAUGAUUGGCGACGACCCAAAUGAUGACUGCCUAGGUGCUAUGGCAAUCGGUAUGCAAGGAUAUCUUGUAGAAACCGGUAAAUAUCAACCUGAGCUAUACGAAGAAGAUUCUUGUCCUAAAGCUGACGGCAUUUUCAAGAACUUUUGCUCGGUGGUCGAUCACAUCGCUAAAACCCUCAAUCCCUAGGAAUUCUUUCAAAUGGUCGAAUCUUUGUCAUAGUAGUUUGAUAGUCAAUAAAAUGUAUUCCGUAAAACGAUACUCGAUCUUAUCCCAAAAAUAAACGCAAACUUCUCAAA